AUGAAAGAACGAGAAUCAUUCUUGGAUGGACAGUGGUAUCGUUCUAAAGUACUGAUACAAUUUAGAACGGGUAAGCUGGAAGCGACAAGGAACGUAGAACAGGAGAGAGGUGCGGUGAGAGAGCGGGAGCGUGUGGCAAGGUCGGUGCGUGCGGUGAAGUUCCAAGCUUUAUUAAAGUGCAGUCGGCCGGGUUGAAAAACAAUCGACGGACAUAAUACGGCGCUCCGUGAAGUCCGAUGUCUAGUGCUGAGGUGGUGGAGAGCUCCGUUGACCCCCCAGCCAAGAAGCGACGCGUUGCUGCCACCACGGGAGGAGCCGACGACUCGACGACGAUCGCAGACAUGGCGAAAAAUGGUUCGACGUCCCGCGCUUCCGCCGAAAUUGACGAGGGUCUUUAUUCAAGGCAGCUUUAUGUUCUCGGCCAUGACGCCAUGCGUCGCAUGGCAUCCUCUGAUGUCCUGAUAUCCGGUCUUGGUGGUCUUGGCGUUGAAAUUGCGAAGAACGUCAUACUCGGUGGCGUCAAAUCCGUUACAUUGCACGAUGACGCGUUGUGCCAGAUCUCAGACCUCGGCUCGCAGUUCUAUCUUACCGAGGCAGACAUAGGUAAAAAUCGAGCUGUUGCUUGUUGCCAACGUUUAUCCGAACUGAACAAUUAUGUACCCACACGUUAUUAUACUGGUUCCUUAACCGAGUCUUAUAUCAAGAAGUUUAAGGUUGUGGUUAUCACUGAAACACCGCUGAAAGAACAAUUACGUAUUUCUGAAAUUACUCAUGCAAAUGACAUAGCACUUAUCAUAGCGGAUACCAGAGGCCUAUUUUCUCAAGUCUUUUGCGACUUUGGGAAUGCAUUUACUGUGGUUGAUACGACUGGUGAACCACCUGUCAGCGCUAUGGUUGCUAGCAUCUCGCAAGACACAGAAGGUGUUGUCACAUGUUUGGAUGACACGCGUCAUGGCAUGGAGGAUGGUGACUACGUUACAUUCUCUGAAGUACAGGGAAUGACAGAAUUAAAUGGUUGCGAACCAAUUAAGAUAAAGGUUCUUGGCCCGUAUACUUUCAGCAUUGGGGAGACAUCAAAAUAUUCUGAAUAUAUAAGAGGUGGUAUAGUAACACAAGUAAAAAUGCCAAAGAUUUUACGCUUUGCUACUUUGAAGGAAGCUCUGAAGAAACCAGAAUUCCAGGUCACUGAUUUUGGAAAAUUUGAUUAUCCGGAACAAUUACACUUGGCUUUUACGGUGUUACAUCGUUACAUAGACACUAAAGAAAAAUUACCUACACCCUGGAACCAAGAGGAUGCAGAUGAAUUUUUGGCUCUAGCUAAAACAAUAAAAGAAGAAACAGGCAGCGAAAUUGAAAUCAAUAAAGAGCUGUUUGAGAUAUUUGCAAAGAUAUCAGCGGGAAACUUAAAUCCAAUGAAUGCUACCAUUGGAGGAAUUGUAGCACAAGAAGUGAUGAAAGCUUGUUCCGGCAAAUUUCAUCCAAUUUAUCAAUGGUUGUAUUUCGACGCUAUCGAAUGUUUACCCGCGGAUCGAUCCGAGCUUACAGAGGAAGAUUGCUGUCCAAUUGGAUCGCGUUACGAUUCACAGAUAGCUGUUUUUGGGCGCAAAUUCCAAUCGAAGAUUGGAAAUUUGAAAUACUUCGUUGUUGGAGCCGGAGCUAUAGGUUGUGAAUUACUCAAGAAUUUCGCAAUGUUGGGUGUUGGUGCUGAGAGUGGUAGCGUAACAGUUACCGACAUGGAUUUGAUAGAAAAAUCAAACUUGAAUAGACAAUUCCUAUUUAGGCCAUCGGAUGUUCAGCAAUCUAAAUCAUCAACAGCAGCCAGAGUCAUAAGGAGUAUGAAUCCAAGUAUGAAAGUAAUCGCUCACGAGAACAGAGUUUGCCCAGAAACAGAAAAAAUAUAUAAUGAUGAUUUCUUUGAGGUGUUAGACGGAGUAGCAAACGCAUUAGAUAACGUAAAUGCACGUAUUUAUAUGGAUCGUCGUUGUGUAUAUUACAGGAAGCCCCUGUUAGAAUCUGGUACUCUAGGUACAAAGGGUAAUACCCAAGUUGUUGUUCCAUUUUUAACUGAAUCUUAUAGUUCGUCUCAAGAUCCUCCAGAGAAGAGUAUACCGAUCUGUACGCUAAAGAAUUUCCCCAAUGCUAUAGAACAUACUUUACAAUGGGCUAGAGAUAAUUUCGAAGGUUUAUUCCGUCAGGCCGCGGAGAAUGCUGCUCAAUAUAUAUCUGAUCCACAGUUUGUGGAGAGAACAUUAAAACUGCCUGGAGUUCAGCCAUUAGAAGUAUUAGAAUCAGUCAAAACAGCUUUGGUCGAUGAACGACCAAAAAGUUUUGCCGACUGCAUUGCGUGGGCUCGUUGCCAUUGGCAAGAGCAGUAUAGUAACCAGAUUAGACAGCUCCUGUUCAACUUUCCACCUGAUCAAGUGACAUCCAGUGGCCAACCAUUCUGGUCUGGACCUAAGAGGUGCCCUGAACCACUCAAGUUCAACGUGAAUGAUCCGCUCCAUUUGGAUUACAUCGUAGCCGGUGCUAACUUAAAAGCAAAGGUCUAUGGAAUUCCCAUCAACAGAAAUCGUGAGGAAAUAGCUAGGAUCGUUAGCGCCGUACAAGUUCCGCCUUUUACGCCGAAAUCUGGAGUAAAAAUUGCUGAGACAGAUUCACAGGUGCAAGUAUCCAAUGGAAGCGGAAACAUUGAUCACGAAAGACUCAGCCAGUUACAAGAAGAAUUGCCCAAGGUUGACGAGCUUAACGGUUUAGUAAUUCAUCCACAAGAAUUCGAGAAGGAUGACGACUCUAAUUUCCAUAUAGAUUUCAUCGUAGCAGCUUCAAAUCUUCGUGCAGCUAAUUACAAAAUCCCUCCCGCUGAUCGACACAAGAGUAAACUAAUUGCUGGAAAAAUAAUACCAGCUAUUGCUACUACCACCUCGGUGGUCGCUGGUCUUGUUUGUCUCGAAUUGAUCAAGUUAACACGCGGCGUGAAAGAUUUGUCUAUUUAUAAGAAUGGUUUCGUCAACUUGGCUCUACCAUUCUUUGGUUUCUCGGAGCCUAUCGCUGCACCGAAAUUGAAGUACUACGACACUGAAUGGACACUGUGGGAUCGAUUCGAAGUCAAAGGAGAACUAACGCUCAAAGAAUUCUUAGAUUACUUCAAAGAGCAUCAUAAUCUUGAAGUUACUAUGUUGUCUCAGGGUGUCUGUAUGCUGUACUCGUUCUUCAUGGCUAAGCCUAAGUGUCAAGAACGUAUGGGCCUGCUAAUGUCAGAGGUAGUGAAGAAGGUAUCGAAGAAGAAACUGGAGAACCAUGUUCAUGCAUUGGUAUUCGAACUUUGCUGUAACGACACUGAUGGCAACGACGUGGAAGUACCGUAUGUUCGCUACACCUUGCCAUGAAACGUCGUUCGAGUCACCGGUUAAUAAGAGAUGUCUACUUAACUGACUUAGCCGUAGUAAUUUCUACAAAUUUCUAUUUUAAAAUACGAUACAGGAAAUCUAUUAAUCUUUGUCUACGUAAGCCUUUCAAAGUAAACUUUCAUUUUAUUUUUUUCUGUUGUUUUUUUAUUGCCAAUGCUUCGUAGCAUUUAUAAUAGCAAGCAAGCAAGUGCGGGAUCCACUGAGUUUAAUCUUACUAUGAUCUCCCUUUUUGCUGAAAAUCAACUCCAGGACUCGCGACCAUUUAUUUCAUUUAUAUCGCAUCCUGCUAUUCUCAAUUGAUCUAUUCGACAACCAUAAAUUGCAUGUUUCGUUUGCUUUUCAAUCAACGAUAUUUUCUAACGAAAACUAGCAUUAUAAAAUUAUUUCAACUGUCGAUAAAGAGAUGUAAGUGAUUGAAAAUUUGUACGAGAGAAUUUGCAUUACGAUGUUUAUAAAACGUUGGGAAGAAAGAAAAAGGAAAGUAUGAUGAUAAAAUGUUGCUGAAGAAUUUUGUCCAUAUUGGAUCAUAAAGGGAAUUGUCAUGGUAAGAAUUGUCUUAGGACUCACGCGUCACGACUUUAUGUAUAGAAUCGAAUGUAAAAAAUUAUCGAAUGAUAACUCAAUGAUCCUUAGACGAAUAAUGCUAGCACAUUUAAUAUAGGCCAUAGAUAAACGUGAGAAUAAAAAAAAAAAACCGAACACAAAUGUAUCUUGCCUUUACUGAAUCACCUUUUUCUUUUUUUUUCUUCAUUUUCUAUUUACGGUUAUUUUGUGGUCAAGGGUAUGCGAACAGAAGGAAAGAAUAAAAAAUCGCAAGCUCUUUUUUUUCCCCCCUAUUUCUAAUUGAGUACGCUCUUGCUAUUAAACCCGAUAUUUUAAGACUUUAUGUAAUCAAUAUAUUAUCAAUGAUUUUGAUUCCACCAUUUUAUUUUUCGAAUGUACUAUUGGCUAAGGCUGUUUGUUGUUACAAUAAGGGAUACUGCAUUUAAAUUUGUAAGAACACGUUUUGGAAAGAAGCUUCGAAAAGAAUUUCACACUUUAGACCAAGGAAUACAAGCAAGAAAAAAAAAAUAAGGAAGAUAUUUUGUUAAUUUUAGGAUAAUACGGAUAUUUAUUGUAUUACUUUAUCAAUAGAUAAUAAAUAGAUGUGUUUGGAUUUCAAGAGACAUGAAAAAUAUAAUAAUGAAAAUAAAAUUUGGAAAUUGUCUUGCUUU